AUGUUCUUUGAAGAACCUUUGAAAACGAUAGACUCGACUACAACCACGUCUAGUAAUGUUUCAGCUGUGUCAAGGCGUAAACGGAACAAGACAUUUUCUUUUUACCCGAUAAUGGAUGCAACAACAAAAACAAACUCAAAUGCUCAAAGCCCAGGGAAAAGGGUAACUCCUUUAACCCAGAGUCCUGCAAGAGCAACUCCUUUGUCCCCAAAAUCGUCCAAAUUAUCCCUAUGCAUUCCCAAAGAAAAGAAUGCUCGAUUCUCUUCCAAAUUGCCACUACACACGGGUUUGACUUCGGAUAACAAGAUUUGUCAAUGGUAUUGCUGUUCAUGCGGACAAUCUUAUGGCUCUGUAUUGUAUAAAGAUGACGUUGACGAAACAAAAGCUGCCAACUCCAAGGAUAUUGAGAAUACAGAGGCAGCCAACUCCAAGGAUAUUGAAAAUACAGAGGCAGCCAACUCCAAGGAUAUUGAGAAUGCAGAAACAGCCAACUCCAAGGAUAUUGAGAAUGCAGAAACAGCCAACUCCAAGGAUAUUGAGAAUGCAGAAACAGCCAACUCCAAGGAUAUUGAGAAUGCAGAAACAGCCAACUCCAAGGAUAUUGAGAAUGCAGAAACAGCCAACUCCAAGGAUAUUGAGAAUACAGAGGCAGCCAAUGCCAAAAUUAUCGAGAAUGCAGAUGCUACUUCUCUGCUGGCGCAUUGGACAUCUGCCACCAAUCCAAGGUCUAAUUACAUAUUUGACAGCUUAAAAUAUUAUAGUCUGGUUGUAUAUCGAGACCACAAGGAAACGAUAUCACCUACAAUUGCAAAAGCCAACAAUUGUUUUGAUUCUAAGCUGCUGCAGUUGCAGCAACAGCAAAAAGUGGAUGGCAAACCAGCACAUUUGUCAGAAAAUAAUCGCGCAAAGAGAAGACUAGAAACAUCCGAGGAAGACCUGAAAAGUCCAGAUAGUCCCUCAAAUAUCCCUUAUAUUCCUGUUUUGUCACCUCUACAUUUUGAUUUGAACAAUUCCAACAACAAUUUAAUAGAGUAUCAGGAUCGAGUCAUUUUGAAUAUACCUACACGGUUUACUUGCCAUCGGUGCGACCAUAUGAUGUGUCCGUAUUGUUUAAAGUUGAGAUUAAAGGAUAUUGACAUUGAUUAG